AUGGCAUCGGAAAUAUUUCUGACGCGCCCAGAUACGCCACAGAUCGACUACAUGCGCAAGGUGAUCUUGGCGCUAGACCAGGAGGAGAACGCCCUGCUGGAGAGCCCCACCGGCACGGGGAAGACACUCUGCCUUCUAUGCGCGACGCUGGCAUGGCGGGAGGCCUGGGGCCGGCGAAAUGCGGGGCGGCCCGUGGCAUUUGGCGCCCCGCCCCCGGAGCCCCCCCUUGUGAUCUACUCGUCGCGCACCCACAGCCAGCUGGCCCAGGUCAUCAGGGAGCUGCGCUCCACCAGCUACAGGCGAGGGGGCCCGCCCCACCUUGGGCUGGUGCGCACCACAGUCCUGGGGUCGCGGCAGCAGAUGUGCCUCCACCCCCGCGUCUCCAAGAUGACGGGCGGCCACGCCAACUUUGCCUGCAGGGGACUCGUGCACCACAGGCAGUGCCAGUGGCACAACAAGCAGCGCCUGGAGCGCACAGUGCAGGAUAUCACAACGCCACAGCAACCCAACCCUCCCGAUGCCAACGCCCCACCCGCAUCCGCCCCGGGCACCGCCGGCGCGUUUGGCGCGCUGGGGGGCAGGGCCAGCGGCCAGGCAGGCAGCCAGGGCGGCGGCAACGGCGGCAGCAGUGGUGGUGGCGGGCAGGGCGGCGGCGGCGCGGCCCCCACCCUGGAGCCGCCCGACAUAGAGGACCUCCUGCGCGUGGGGCGCGCCGCCAGCGUGUGCCCCUACUUUUUGUCGCGCGACCUGGUGGCCCACUGUGACGUGGUGUUCAUGCCCUACAACUACCUCCUGGACUCGGGGGCCAGCAAGCAGCUCGACACACUGAGGCUCGAGAAUGCGAUUGUCAUCUUUGACGAGGCCCACAACGUUCAG